AUGGCUGAGAAAAUCACAGACGAGCAGGUCGAGGCCCUGCAGAACGUCUUGCGCUCCGACGCCUCCGUCGAUGCGAAAGUCGCUCAAGUCACCGCCGUCAAGACCGGUAUCAAACACCACAAUGUCCCCGACACCUGUGUCGCACAGCUCUUCGAGGCCCUGCGCACCGCCUCCGCGAACCAGCACGGUGUCCUCGCCAACGCAGGGCUCACCUCGCUCAACCACCUGCUCACGCGCCUGUCGCGGCAGGAGCCCAAGUACAUCAUACGAGAAACUAAGACGACGUUGCCACUUCUUGUGGACAGGAUGGGCGACCAGAAGGAGAAGUUCCGCACUCUCGCGGUGCAGUCGAUGGCUACCAUGUAUAAGGUCGUGCCAGCCGAUGUCGAGCGCCACAUUCGGAAUUUUGCCAUGGCGGGUAAGAACUCCAGGGCAAAGGAGGCCAGCAUGCAGUGGCUCCUGCAGAUGAAUCGGGAACAAGGCUUGCAGUUCCGAACCUACGUCCCACGUCUCAUGGAGCUGCUGGAAGAUGCCGACGCCAGUGUUCGCGAGACGGCCAAGUCCACGGUCAUCGAGCUUUUCAGAGACGCCUCUGGUACGGCCAAGGCCGACUUGAAGAAGCAAUUGGAGAACUUCAGAGUCCGCCCAGCCAUCAAGGCGGCCAUAGUGAAGGAGCUGAUCCCAAGAUCGACCACCCCCGCCCCCGACGACAACGGACCAGUAGAUCUGCCCAGGCCCGCCUCACGUCCGAACCUCUCAGCCAGCGUCUCCUCUGUGUCUACUUUCAGCGAGCGACCGGUAACCCCCAUGCCUGAUCCCAGGACCGAGACAGUCGAGCCCUCGUACCUCAACACAACGCGCGAACUGGAUGACAUGUUUACUCAGAUGCACGGCUAUUUCGACGGCAACGAAUCAGAACACAACUGGAAGCUGCGGGAGCAGAGUAUCAACAAGCUCCGCAGGUUGAUGGCCGGCAACGCCGUGUCGGACUUUCACGACCCGUUCCUGGCAGGCAUGAGGGGUCUUCUCGAUGGCAUCAUCAAGGCUAUCACCUCUCUCAGGACGAGCUUGUCAAAAGAGGGCUGUGCGCUGGUCCAGGACAUCGCUAUCAACUACGGAUCUGGUAUGGAUCCUAUGGUGGAGCUUCUGAUGCAGACGUUCAUCAAGCUUUCUGCCGCGACGAAGAAGAUCGCCUCGCAACAAGCGAAUGUCUGUAUCGACACCAUAAUCGGCAGGGUAACCUACACGAACCGAAUCAUGCAGCAUGUUGCGGGUGCUUGCACGGACAAGAAUGUGCAGCCUAGAUCGUAUGCGACUGAGUGGCUGAAGACGCUUCUGAAGAAGGAGGCGCACCACAAGAGCCAUAUCGAGCAUAGUGGCGGCUUGGAUUUGAUAGAGAAGUCGAUAAAGAAGGGACUCGGCGAUGCAAACCCUAGUGUCAGGGAGAAGAUGAGGUCCACGUUCUGGACAUUUUACGGCAUUUGGCCCGCAAGGGCAGAGGCUCUCAUGGACACUUUGGAACCCACAAUGCAGAAGGCGCUAGAAAGGGACCCGAACAACCCUAAUACACCAAAGAAGGCAGAACCUGCGGCGCGGCCAGGCCUGGGCCUCUCUCGUAGCACGAUGGGAGCCAAGCCAUCGCUCAGGGAGACCAUGAUGGCCCAGAAGAAAGCCAUGGCGACGAAGAAUCUUCCGGUUAGACCUGGCUCAGCCAUGGCGCACUUCUCACCACCUCGAACAUCUCGAGCCGUCUCUGGCUCGUCGACUGCUUCAGCAAGUACCACUGCUCCAUCCACCGCAACGCGUCAAAAACCAACUACCAGCGGCGGGCUCUCGGUGGCCCCCGUUCGGCCGACGAGGAAACGGCCAGAAAUGGCACCGCGGCCAGCAACUGCGGGUCCAUAUUCUGUCCGUGGCGGGAUCGACGCCGAGAUGAGCCCCCCGCCAGCGAGGCCGAAGGCAGUGACACCCAAGACCAUGGGCACAACGCCGAAGCGGACAGUGGCGAAGGCGAGACCAGCUCACAAACCGACAGCGAGUGAGUCGAGUAUUCCCACACCCACCAGGUUGACGCACGCAAAAUCCUCGCCUGCCACCAGCCCAGCAAAGAGCCCAGCUAGGCAAAGGUUACAGCCUGGGCCGCUUCUCGGUAGCCCCCAGCCCGAGGAUAGCCUUUCGCUGAUAACGCCAUCCACCCCGACCUCCCCACCAGCGGAUCCGCCAGCCAUCACGUCUCCCGACCUUGUUGCGCCUGAACUCACUGCCCCGGCGGAGCGAGAUCAAACAGCAAGCCCGUCGGGAACACCCUCCAAGGCCCUGCGAGUAUACGAGGAUCCCUUGACAGCAGAGCAGUCAACUCCACGGUUGACGCCGCCAGCAGUACUGGAAGAGAAGCCGGUGAACGAGGAUGCCGCCAACUUGGUGGCGCGGCAGAAUGGCGAUGGACCCGCGCAACCCGACAUCUCGCCCGACAAGGCCAAGCAACAUGCCCGACUCAUUGAGAGCGCACUGGCCAAGAUCAAGGCGAAGUCUCUCGACGUACACGGGUUCCGCAAGCUUCAAGGCAUCCUCCGAGACAACAAAGCCCCUCUAUCCGACGAGAAAUUCGAGUCGCUGCUCCUGGGCCUCUUCGACUACCUGGAGGACCCACAGUCCAACCUCACCCCCGAGAAGGUACAGGACGUCAAGGCGCAGAACCUGGCAACUAUCAAGCUCCUGCUCAAGAAGUACCGCGACCACUUCCAGCCGCACAUCUCCAAGGGCCUGGAGUCGCUGAUGUCGGCGCGCGCGGUGUACGACGCCCGCACGCACAUCGUCUCCGGGCUGGAGCUCCUGGCGGACGAGCUGGUCUCGCUGGGCGACGCGCAGGAGAUCGCGACGGUGCUGACGAGGCGGAUGACGGACACGCCCGUGGACAGCGCGGCCGGGUGGCGGUCGCUGAGCAUGGGGCUGCACGUGCUCAAGGAGAUGGUGGACGCCAAGGCCGAGUACGUGCCGACGGACCAGGAGCUGGGCAGCAUGGCGGCGCUGUGCACGCGGUGCCUGGACAGCAGCGAGUCCGGGGUCCGGAUGGACGCGGUGCAGCUGUGCGUGGCGCUGCAGGGGCGGGUCGGCGACGCCAGGUUCUGGGACGUGAUGAAGGACGUCAAGGACGACCCGAAGAGCUUGAUCACGUACUACAUCGUCAAGAGGCAGAGGGAGAAGGAGGCGGCUAAUGGUUUGGCCUAG